AUGGGUUCCAUUGGUGCCUCGUUCGACGUCUUCAAUGGCUUCUACAACACCAUCAACGGCAAAUUGACGAGCACCGAGAAGACCAGACACGGUAUCAACCCGGCGAACGGCAAGCCGAAUCCAGAAGUGCCCAUCUCCACGCCCAAAGAUGUCGACGACGCAGUAGCAGCAGCGAAAGAGGCCUUCAAGUCAUGGUCCAAGGCCUCCUAUGACGAACGAAGAAAGGCCUUGCUUGCAUUCGCAGAUGCUCUCGAGAAGUAUGAAAAUGACUUUGGGAAACUGCUUACCCAAGAGCAAGGGAAGCCUCUUCAAUUUGCCCUGGGUGAGGUCAAGACGGGCGUACACUGGUUGCGCGCCCUAACGAAGUUGGAACUCCAAGAGGAGAUUGUCGAAGAAGACGACCAGAAACAGGUCAUCGUCCGAUAUACCCCACUGGGCGUCACAGUGGGAAUCGUGCCUUGGAAUUAUCCCGUCCAUUUGGCCUGUGGAAAGAUAGCUCCUUCACUACUCACUGGAAACCCCAUCAUCAUCAAGCCAUCUCCAUUCACGCCAUAUUGUGAUCUGAAGCUCGGCGAGCUUGCUCAACAGUUCUUCCCGCCCGGUGUUGUUCAAGUCCUCAGUGGCGACGACAAUCUCGGACCCUGGCUCACUGCCCACCCAGGCCCGGAUAAGAUCAGCUUCACUGGAUCGACCGCAACGGGCAAGAAAGUGAUGGAGAGCGCUUCAAAGACCUUGAAGAGAGUGACUCUUGAAUUGGGCGGCAAAGAUCCCGCGAUCAUCACCAAGAACGUCGAUAUCAACAGCGUUGCCGAAAAGAUUGCCACUCUUGCAUUCCUCAACUCCGGCCAGAUCUGUCUAGCCAUCAAGCGAAUCUACGUCCAUGAAUCAAUCCACGACGAAUUCCGUGACGCGAUGGUCUCGUUCACCAAAAGCCUCAAGGUCGGCGACGGUGCCGAAGCAGGUGUCUUCCUCGGUCCCGUCCAGAACUCGAUGCAAUACGAGAAAGUCAAGACAUUCUUUUCCGACAUCGAGAAAGAAAACUGGGCCGUGGCGGUCGGGGGCAAGAACGAGGAGAAACCAGGCUACUUCAUCACCCCGACCAUCAUCGACAAGCCCGCCGACAACUCGCGGAUUGCUACCGAAGAACCUUUCGGCCCUAUCGUCCCGUUGCUCACCUGGACGGAUGAGGACGAUGUCAUCGCUCGCGCGAAUAACACCAAGAUGGGGCUGGGGGCGUCCGUGUGGUCCGACGACUUGGAUGAAGCUACGCGUAUCGCUCGACAGCUGGACGCAGGUAGUGUCUGGGUCAAUACCCAUCUGGAACUUGAUCCCAAGGCUCCCUUCGGUGGGCAUAAGGAGAGCGGAAUCGGCUUCGAAUGGGGUAUCGGCGGCCUCAAGGCGUUUUGUAAUGUCCAGAGUCUUUAUUUGAAGAAGAAGCCGGCUUCGAAGAUCUAG